AUUUCACCGAAUCGUCGACGCGCAAGGAAGGACAAGCAACAAGCAAGACAAAGGAUGUGGUGCUGGGAUGUGGUGGUGUUGUUCCUGCGGCUGUUCCGGCGAAGGUUGUUGGCCAUCCUCGGGCUGGGAAAGGCCAAGGCGGAUGAGCCCCUGCUGCCCAUGCAGGUUACUGCUGGCGCCUCCACGUCGUCUUCGGCGGGCUCUGCCUCCCACCUGCAGCGCCCGGCCGGUGGCAGCAGCGCAUCGAUGCCGACGACGAGUCGCAUCGGCACGCUGGGCAACGAGGCGGAUUCGUGGGCUGCGUCGUGGGGCGAGGACGACGCUUCCACUCCAGCACUCCAGCACUCUCAAUACAACAGACAUCAGCAAUCACACUUUACCUCAGAACCAACAGACAAUACCCCCACAACGCACACGCCAGACAAGGCGCAACAAAUGCUGCAACGAAUCGAACAGCGAAAGAUUGACAACCUGUUCGCGGAGAUGGAACCAGAGCACACAACUGCGCCCACGGUUGACUUGACGGAGACGCUGGGAGAUGCGAGUGGUGAUGCAGAUCAGCCCUCGCAGCGCCUCGCCAUGGACGACGCCUUUGGCAAGGGAGAUCUGGUGGACUGGGACGAAGGGGGUGACUCCGAUGGGUGGGAGGAUCCCAGUGACGACAUCGACUUGAAGGACGUGCAGGCCACGCUUCGGGCGCAGAAGCAGCGCGAGCGGCAGCGGCGACGGCAGGAACGGGAGGAGCGGCUGCGAAAGAAGAAGCAGGACAGCGGCAAGCACAAGUCCCUUGCAACUCGGACACACACUACGUGAUGUGCUUCAGCGUGCAGCUGCUGUUUCGCGUGAUCGAUGGCUGCCACUGUUGUGAGUUGUGAUGUGCACACAGCAGCUCGAUGUUGUGUGGCCGAUGGACGUUUGAAACAAGACAUGCUUUGUAAUUGUUAUGUACAUGGCUGUGCUCGCACGAUGAAGCAAGUCAACUACAACAAUCCUGUAACCG